GAAACCAGGAGACUCGUUGUCUGACUGAAGGAGAAAAUUCUUUGGUUGGAUGAGACCAAAGCUAAAUUCUGUGGCUUUGAUUAGGUGUAUUUCGUUAGACGAUGACCAGAAUUUGCCUUCUAGCCUGUAUUUUGUCUGUUAUUUCACACUCUACACAGUCAACAGGAAGCGUUUUGAAAACCACUAUACUUGAAGUUGCUGCUAAAUCCGCUGAGUAACAUUAGGAACGGGAGCUGUCCGUGGUGCUGAAAAGCAGUUCGGUUACUGCAGCUUUGCAGAUUGCUCCACAUUUGGUUAUUUAUAUGGUAAUUCGGGGUGCAUGCACGCACAUAGACUAAAAACUGAAGCGUUUGCUCUCAGCAGCAGAUGUUAGACCUCUGGUCUGUGCGUUAGAACGGUGUGAAUCAGCGGAGAGACUGAGAGACGAGCAGAGGGAGCGAGUCAGCCAGAGAGAGAGAAGGAUGAUGUCAUAGGUUCUAUUCUGUGCCAUGGAAGAAGCCGAGGGCUGCAGCCUUCUUUUUCUUCGGCUCCUCAGCCCGUGUCCGUCCACAGCAGCAGCCUCAGCAUCAGGACCUCUCGAAAGCAACGAGUGACAGGUCGCAGGAGCAGGAUUCGUUGAGGUAGGCUGGAGGAAACAAAGCGGAACAGCCUCCUGACGGCUGGUUCGGAGGGUCCAGUAACGACGCAACAUGGGCCCGGGCAUUGCAGCAAGCACGGUGCAACGUUCACUCUUCUCAUGUGUCUUUAUUCUGUAUUAUGACCAGGCGCCAGUGUAGAGGAGCUAGUCCUGCCCAGAAAGGAGGAGGAGUAGGAGAGACACGCCGUAGGGUGUCGACGAGGAGAGGCAGGGUAGGGGAGAAGCGGAGGGGAGGGACGGAGAGGAAAUAACAGAGUAAGAUUACAAGCCCGUGAUAAUGGCGGCUAAGUCGGACGGGGUCUUGAAGAUGAAGAAGAGUGACGUGGCCUUCACCCCGCUGCAGAACUCGGAGCACUCCGGCUCGGUGCAGGGGCUCCACCCGGGCGGCCAGUCGGACUCCGCCGGCACGGGCGAAGGGGACUUCGCUAACGGGGAGUCGCGGUGCUGCGGCGCAGGAGGCUCCAACUCGACGUGCCUCCGCCUGGGCAGGGAGCAGCAGAAGUACACGCUGUGGGACUGUCUGUGGAUCGUGGCCGCAGUGGCUGUGUAUCUGGCCGACGUGGGCACCGACGUGUGGCUGUCGGUCGACUACUACCUCCGCCGCGAAUACUGGUGGUUCGGCCUGACGCUCUUCUUCGUGGUGCUGGGCUCCUUCUCGGUGCAGCUGUUCAGCUUCAGAUGGUUCGUCCACGACUUUGGCACCGAGGAAGGCGCAGAAUCGGCCGCCGAUUGCUCCCACAUGGAUGGCAACAAGCUGCUGAGCGGGUCGGCCUCGCACGGCGACGUUACGGCUCCGAACCACCCGACCACGCCGCAGAGGCAGGCGUCGACCGCCAGCAAGAACACCACGACCAACAGCACGGCGAGCACCGCGCUGGGCGCCAGGAGCAGGAAGCGCUCGCCCUACUACUCCUUCUGCGUGUGGUUCGGCCAGUCCGUGAUCCACAUCCUCCAGCUGGGUCAGAUAUGGAGAUACUGUCACACCAUCUACCUUGGUGUCCGGAGUCGGCAGAGUGCUGAGACCGAGCGGUGGCGCUACUACUGGAGGAUGGUGUAUGAGUUUGCAGACGUGAGCAUGCUGCACCUGUUGGCCACCUUUCUGGAGAGUGCACCACAGCUGGUGCUACAGCUCUGCAUCAUCAUACAGACACAUAAGCUUCAGGCUGUGCAAGGCAUGACGGCAGCCGCUUCCCUCGUGUCGCUGGCCUGGGCGCUGGCGUCGUACCAGAAGGCCCUGCGCGAGUCCCGCGAUGACAAGAAGCCCAUCAGCUACCUCGCUGUUAUCAUCCAGUUCUGCUGGCACUUCUUCACCAUAGCAGCAAGGGUCAUCACCUUUGCCCUGUUCGCCUCCGUGUUCCAACUCUACUUUGGCAUCUUCAUUGUGCUGCACUGGUGCAUCAUGACCUUCUGGAUUGUCCACUGUGAGACUGACUUCUGCAUCAGCAAGUGGGAGGAGAUUGUGUUCGACAUGGUAGUGGGUAUAAUCUACAUCUUCUCCUGGUUUAAUGUCAAGGAGGGAAGGACAAGGUGUCGGCUCUUCAUCUACUACCUGGUGAUCCUGGUGGAGAACGCCGCUCUCAGCACGCUGUGGUACCUGUACCGGCUUCCUCACACCACGGACGCCUUCGCGGUCCCAGCGCUCUGCGUCAUCUUCAGCAGCUUCCUCACCGGCGUGGUGUUCAUGCUCAUGUACUACGCCUUUUUCCACCCCAACGGGCCGCGGUUUGGACGCUCGCCAAGUGGACAGGGCCUGGACCUGGACCCCACUGCUCAGUUCUCCACCCUCCCAUCCGAGGGCGCCACUAACUCGCUGCGCUCCAACCGCGGCGCCACCACAACCCUCGAGCGCGAUGCGGCCAAGUAUUCGGAACGGGACGGCUGCAUGCCUGUGUUCCAGGUCCGACCCACGGUGCCGUCCACGCCGUCGUCCCGCGCCCCACGCCUCGAGGAGACUGUCAUCAAAAUCGACCUGUGUAGGAACCGCUACCCAGCGUGGGAGCGCCACGUCCUCGACCGCAGCAUACGCAAAGCAAUCCUGGCCAUAGACUGCUCUGUGUCUCCUCCACGGCUGCAGUACAAGGACGACGCGCUGGUGCAGGAGAGGCUGGAAUAUGAGACCACGUUAUAGUCCCAGCUCCUCUCACAUCAUCAGAUACCGCCUGAACAGCAACAGGGACUGUGGCAAUAAGAAUUUCCUACUACCACCAUCCUCACCUUCCAUAGUGCAUUCCUCCUCAUGCCCACCCAGGAUCCAUCCCUGUUAGUCAUGACCGGAGCAGCGUCAGGACUUUAGUUGAUGUCACUGCGUGUGUUGGGGUUUGUGCUGUUAUCUUUACCUCCGCUCCUCAGAGAAGUCCCGUGUGGUGUGAUCAUCUGAGUUAUAACUUACCUUCAGCUCGGCAGUAGAGUAUGUGGUCCCACAGCUGCCCAGCUGGGUGGGCACGUCUAUCCACAUCUUCAUGGUAUGAGCCCGUCACUGCUCCUGCUCUUAGUGCCAAAAAGGCUCCGCGUGUGUGGCACCUUAACGAUGGCUUCGUGUCCGGAACCUUCCCUCUGGCCUUUGUGUCGCUCCUCCUAUGACGUACUGUAACUCUGGUCUGCAGUGGAAGAAGGUCAGACAGGAAGUGGCCGACACGAGGACAGCCCUGCUCGGUUCGGAUACAUCAACCAGAUGGGCAGUAACACAGGGUAGAAGGCUCCUGGUCUUUCUCCCAGAAGGACAUUCAAAACCUAAUGCCAAGAAAACACAUCUUCCUGGCAGCUCAAUCCAGCUAUUUGAAGGCCAGCUACACAAACCUGGCUGCAAGCAAAGCGGGAGCAAAGAAACGGAGACGACGACACAGGAAACACAGACAAGCGGCCGUCUCAGCCAAACCAAGCCACCCACCAGGAUGUACAGUACUCUGAUACAACAUGCAGCAUUUUUUUACUUUAGAGAGGGGGUAGAGGCGCCUGACGUCAUUGUAACUCUGUGUUUUGUGGUAAGUGUGUAUUUGUUGGAAGUAGUGUGUGUAUGUGUGUUUAAAAAGAAGACGCAGCUCAGGAGGGCGUGUGGUUGGAAGGUUCUGCUUCCAACUCUGAAUACUGAGAGCACACAAACUGUGGAGCCUGCAGGCUGGGAGCUUGGGAAUGUUUAGACCUGCGGAAAAGACUGAACUUAGAACCACUCGUAUUCACACUGGACAAUUUUGAUGGAUAUUGCCCCUUCACCAGGUGGAGUCCCUUAUACCAGGUUAUUGUCCACAGUAUGGUAUCAAUCAUGCUAGCGACUCAUCAGGCUUAGCUGUGUUGAUAGUGGUGCUGAAAUGAGGUCCAGACGGUGGCUUUUCAGACAUAUGUUCAUGGUUCACGGCCCACUCUGUGUCAGACUGUCUGUUUAGCAAUGCCUGCACAUCUGGAAACCCUCAAACACUCAAUAAUGUCUAGACUCCCAGCACAAGCAGCUGGACUUCACCACAUAGAGCAGCCAGUCAUAUGUAGAAUAAUCACCUACAGCAGGUUCAGUUCUGAUUUCAGAUGGUGCGAUAUCAAGAGUACGGCAUCAAAGGUUUAUCUGCCUGUGUGAACGGUUUUCAAGUUCAGUUCCAUCCCAAGUGCAAUGAAGGACGGCCAGUGGAGAGAAAAGCACAAGUCAGCUGGAUAAUCAUGGCGCGAGACUGUAAACAUCUGGGGCCCAACAAGCCUCAGACAUUCAACGCAGGUUUGACCUCGUUACGUCUAUGUCAGGAGACAGUGGGUUCCACGAUUUUCAUCUUUAAAUAUAAAGCACUAAACGAAACCGAAUGAUGGAUGGAUGUGGAGGACGGGGCGCCGCCCAGUGUCCUGACACAUUUCAGCUCUUAUAUGCUUUUUUCAUUAGAGAUGCUGUUUUAAUGUGACGGUGGCUGGUGGAACAGGUCGGUGUUGAAUGAGUCGGUCACGUGAUGUGUUCCGUAGCAGGGUUCAUCUGUUUGUAGGCCACACUUACCUGAGAAGCUCUCGGCCUCAGAGGCAGACGGUUUGCUGCAGCUUUGGUUACAGCUGCCUGAGAAUUCAACUCUUAACUGAGUUCACCUCAUGUAUCGAGGUGAAGUGAAUUAGCUGCAGGUGAAGUACAUCCCACAAGGAGCGCAGUAGAGCCUGUCCAUGAGAACACGAAGAGAACAGAUAUGACGUGAGCAGUGGCUCAAAGCCCAGCGCUGUGGUUCCCAGUGAGUUCAGCCAGUGGAAGUGAGUGUGUAUGGAAGCUGUGACAUAGCUCAAUAGUUGUAGGUUUCCUUUCUUGGCCUGUUGCCACUACACAGCCGCGUGUCUUUGUGUUGUAUGGAGGCUGCUACAGCUGUUCUUACCACAGCGCUUUGUUUUUCUUCAUUUCGUUGCCUUUAGAUAUUGUUUGGUCUGUUGGAUUUUAAAAAGCACAGUAGCACAAAGGAGCUGAGUGAGACUUGGAGCAGCUGCUACAGGAGCUUCACACUGUCACUGUCCAGAUGGAAAUGGCCCAGUUCAGUAGACGACUACACAUAGAGAUGGAAGAUCACUAAAAACUUUUUUUAGUUUGUCAGGGGAGCCAUCAAAACAGGUCUACACAACCAACAACAAUUAGUUACUAUCACAGGAGGCAGGAGGCCACAGACUCACUGGUCUCAUGCUGAGUCGAGGAGAAGCAACUGCAGACCUUUGCUGUCAUACUGUGUGUCUUACUCACAGUUCACCAGCAGAGGUCCUCAGUGGGUUCAUCUCUGAGAGGUGCUGAUUCGGCCAUUCAUUAUUUUACACAAUCGGCACCAGUGAGCGGACAGACUCCUCCUGCUCCUCCUCUGUAGCCUGCUCUGUGUGAAGCAGCCUUAUGCCAUUUAAAACACAGUGUUCUCCUUUGUUCAUUUCAAGAAGCUCUACGCUGUAACGAGUAUCUGACGCUUACAUAACUACCUCGGUUUGUUUCAUGAACAAAACGCCCUCCACCCAUCAUCAGCAAUACCUGUUAUACAAGCGACACUUUAGACCCGACGUCCUGCCUCUGGACUCCUUGAGGAGCCCAGCUGGCCUUAGGAUGUCUGCCAGCACACUACAGUGACAUGAUGAUAGGGAAAUGACUGGACAGGCUUUCAAAUGUGCCAAAUGUUAGACCACUUGAACAACUAGCCUAAUAUUUGUUCUGAUUCUCCUGGUGACCAUGGAACAUUAAAGUCAAAGCAUUGCCUUUAGCUUAACCCCUUAUGCUAAACAUCAGCAGGAGGAGGCUGCUUAGUUUCCUCAGUCUAAGCAAUCGGUACAAUGGUCAAACAACGCUGAGGUGCUGUCACAAACAUGGGAACCUUCAUUCAUGUUCCAUAGGUGCUCGAGUUCUCCAGUCUCAUGGUGGUGGGUAUUCUGCUCAUCGUACAGGACAUGCAUCGAUAGACCCUCCUCACUCUGACCAUAACUCUUAGAAGCUGCUUUCUAGGUUUAGUUUGCCUUAAAGAAAAUAGAUUUCUAUUUUUGUCUUUAUUUCAACCUCAUCAUCCAAAACAUUGUUUGAGGCUGUACUGAAAGCACAGGUUUUCUGAUUAGCCCAGUGUGUGUGUGCGUGUGUGUGCGUGUGUGUGCGUGUGUGUGUGUGUGUGUGUGUGUGUGUGUAUGUGUGUGUGUGUGUGUGUGUGUGUGUGUGUGUGUGUGUGUGUGUGUGUGUGAGAGAGAGAGAGAGAGAGAGAAAGAGAGAGAUCAGAUGUGUGUGUUUUUUUACUCUAUUCAAAGCAUAAUAUGUCAGCAGUAGUUACUGUGCUUCUACUAGGCCUGAGCCGUCCCUCUCUCCCUGAGCAGCUCUCGGGCGAUCGGCUGAGCGAUUCUAACUGCGGAGCAGUUCAGAGGAGCGUAACACUGGAGUCAACUUCCUCUGCAGACACGGCCAAUGCACAGCAUCGUAAACAACGUGAUGUGUGUGUGUGUAGCUCUGAUAUGUCAACAAGUCAUGUUUGUCUGGUCACCAGCUUUAAAGGAUCCUAAGGUCUGGACCUGGAAACACAAAGCACUUUGAGUCUAACGUUUGCAGUUCAAGCAGCAGCAGUUCCAGGAGAGCCGAGGUACAAGCACAGUAACACAGGUGAACAAAGAACGACUCCAGUCACACGUGUAUAAUCACUGUACAGAUGUGUGUUUAGAGCCGACUAAACACAGAACCACAGGUAGUGAACUGAUUGAGUUAUACAGUAAAGUUUAUCUGUAAAUAAAUGUAUGCAAAGUGUACAUGUUAAAAACAUUCCUCUCCUUUGAGUUGUGACUGUGAAGGGUGUCUCUUUAGAGGUUUGAUGCCACCAUGAUGGUGUAACUAUGGCGAUAUACUACAGAGAAAAAACGUUCAAUGUGGUGUUUGUGGUGUACAAAAAAAAUGAUACAAAAAUAUCAGUCUUUUCAGUAAGUUGCAUUGUGUGAUGAAAGUCUGAAGUGCUAAAUAUGAGUCUAAUGGGGAAAACGAAUUAUGUCAUGAACCUGGUUAAGAUGGCAUUUUUGUACAUAUAUAUGGGGAUUUUUGUAAAUUUUUAUUUGACUCUAAUGCAACACACACUACCAAAUUUCAUUUAAUAAAUUACACUGUGGUCAUUUU